UCGUGUGACUCGGCUCACUACAGUUUUCGCUAUGGCGUGUAUAGGGUCGAGUAGGCUCUGUGCUCGUGCAGAGAAAUUGUGCCAGUUUGGACAUUUCGCCCAAUUACGGAGGAAAGUUUCAACAACAUGUGUCAAGUCACGACCCAGAAUCGAACAUCCGACCAGUGCUUUGGUUCAACACUGUCAGAGUAGAACGAGCACGCGAGACUGCAGGACGAAUGUCGCGAGAAUGAUGAGUUCGAUGCAAACACAACUGCCUGGAUCCCUGCACGAUUACCAGGUCGACCCUUACCGGCUUCUGGAAGAUGAUCUGAAAGAUAUAUACGACGACAUACGAGAGGUACUCAUCAGGAACACGACGCAGAAGGAGCUGCAAACUAUAGCUACGUACUACUUCGACGGCAAGGGAAAGGCUGUGAGGCCAAUGGUAGCAAUUCUCAUGGCACGGGCUAUCAAUUACCACAAGGAAAGAAACGAUCUCUUGGCGUCGCAGCGACAGGUGGCGAUGAUCUCCGAGAUGAUCCACAACGCUUCCUUGAUCCACGACGACGUAAUCGAUCAGCCAGACUUCCGCCGGGGCAAGCCUUCGGUCAACGUCGUCUGGAGUCAAAAAAAGGUGACGAUGGCAGGGGAUUACGUUUUGGCAGUCGCGUCGAUUAUGAUAUCCCAACUUCGGAAUAACGAUGUUACCUUCUGCCUUAGUCAGGUCGUGACGGACCUGGUGCAGGGUGAAUUUAUGCAGCUCGGAUCGAAGGAAACGGAGAACGAGAGAUUCGCGCAUUACCUAACGAAAACGUAUCGCAAGACGGCAAGUUUGAUCUCGAAUUCCUUGAAAGCUGUAGCUAUGCUAGCAGGUGCCGACGAGCAACUAGCCGAAGUGGCCUUCCAAUAUGGUAGAAACGUCGGUUUGGCAUUUCAAUUAGUGGAUGAUCUUUUGGAUUUUGUGUCUUCCCUGCCGACAAUGGGCAAACCUACCGCAGCCGAUCUUAAACUUGGUCUUGCAACCGCCCCGGUUCUAUUUGCAUGUGAACGGUAUCCAGAAUUGAACGCGAUGAUUAUGCGUCGGUUUCAAGAGCCAGGAGACCCGGAAAGAGCGUUCGAGUUAGUCCAUAAAUCCCAAGGUCUCGAUCAAACGAAAUUCUUAGCUCGAAAACAUUGCGUUGAAGCUGUGAAGCUAGCACAAUCGUUAGCCGACAGUCCGUACCAAAAAGGUUUACAGGUGGUCUGCGAUUUAGUGUUGAAUCGCAUGAAGUAGCGUUACAGGUGGUCACCGGGAGAAUCGAAACGUGUGACGAAAAGUGUUGAGAGAAAACUGGUAGUCGCGAAUAAUUCACGUUGGCCCUGAGAUACGCCAAUUAAUCAAAUUGCAUCGAACAAAGCAUAAUUAAUGCUUACCUCUGAUAACGUAACAGGUAGAACCAACUAUAAAAGUUGAUUAUGCGUUCGAUUGAUUGUUAUCGAGGGUAAAACUCGUAGUUCUAUUUAAACUUGUAUGUUUUGUAACAUAAAAGUUUACGAUGUUAAUAUUAAUGUUAAUUCGACGAAUACGAAUGAUUAGAGGGGAAAUUAUUUUUAUAAAUUUCACACCACGUGUAACGGAAAGAGAAGAGUACAUCAUGUUGAUGAUUGUCUGUAAGGCAAUAUCGAGGUACGAGUGACGUUAUCAUAACGUUUCUCUGUCUAUGUGCAAGUCUAUAUAAAUUGAAAUAAGUGUAAUAAGCGAGCCGAUCGCUUGUCAAGUGCCUGGUUACAUCUUGCUAGGGAGAGAAGCAUCCAUACAGAACAGUGUAAAAAAGAAAAGACAAACGAUAACGUUUACUUCGCUCUAUAUUGCACAUACUACCUGAUUUUUAUCGGUAUUGUCGUUAGCCAAUCAUAAGUGUAAAUAAAAUGACGUGUAGGAGUAGUUAUAUUGCAUUAGAAUUGGUAACUCUUUUUGAUUGUUCUUUUCAUCAUUCUUUCUUAAAGUAUUAUGUGACACGAUGUAUCCAAAAAGAAAAGAAAAGCUAUUCAUGACAGUAUUAUAAUUAAUUAACUUAAUCAAUUCAAAUAUUAUAAGGCGGACAGAGUACUUCAACGCGGUAGCAACUAAUUUUUCAAAUUACAUAUUUGAUAUUUUGAAGAGUAACAAUCGCAAGGGUACCAAUACUAAUUGACAGCAUAAUUUAAAAUCUCGUUUAAAGUGUGCGAAGAAUACCUGCCAAAGAAGGCUGUAUACAUAGUCUUGAUUCUUCCACUUGUAUAAGAAAUUAAUUUUUGGCUUGUCGAAUGUAAUAAGUGUCAUCUACUACCACAAAUUUGCAUAUUACAAAUUAUUGGAAUUGUUAGAUUUCUUUUUUAUAUCUUCAUUCAAGGUAUUCGUGUUAAUUUAAAAAAAGAAGAAAAUGAAAGUGGAAAACCAUCCUCCAUGAUUUUUCAUAUUCUUGAAACGGAAAGCUGCUCAAAAUAUUAUUUACUACGUAACUGAACAUAUAGGAAUAAAUGUAUAAUAACUUAUAUUUAUAACAUGAAUUAAUGUAUAUAAUUGCUCUGUAAGGUAACACAAAUCACCGCUGUAAGAUUAUUAAUAAAACAAAAAAAAUUGCAAAAAUGUAAUUACGAUCAAACGUAGAUAUGUAUGUGUAGGGUAAGGAUACUUCAUUGGUACAGAGAAAAAGAGAAUAAAUGAAGCUCUCGAUCUUUUACACA